AUGCGACAGUUCACCCUUGUGCGAGAGCUCCAGACGGAGCGGACGGCACCCGCCACCGACGUCACCGCCAACAAGCGCAACAUGCAGGAGCUCGAAGAAAAUCUGCUGUACAAGCUAACCACGGUGCAAGGCUCACUGGUGGACGACGAGGCGGUGAUCGAGGUGCUGAACGUGACCAAGAACAAAGCGGCUGAGGUGCGCGAGAAGGAGGCGGUGGCCGCAGAGGCAGAGGUCAAGAUCAGCACGGCCCUUGAGGAGUUCCGGCCAGUGGCGACGCGGGGCAGCGUACUCCAUUUCCUGAUCGUCGACAUGGCCGUGGUCAAUUUCAUGUACCAGGCGUCCCUGUGCCGCGGCUUGUACGAGGACCACAAGUUCGUGUUCACCCUGCUGCUGUCGCUCAAAGUAGACAUGGAGCGGGAGUACGUGUCGCACGAGGAGUUCAACACAUUCAUCAAGUUCGGGAAGAUGAGAGUAGGGUGA